GCUCAGACCCAGCGAAUGGGCCGUGGCACAGCGUCUUUUGCGCUGGCCACAUGGCGACGCUUGAAGCCUCCACGGAGGAGGAGGACGAGUCAAAGUACCAGGAGCGCGCCUCCGCGGUCUUCGAUGCCCUGUGCAGCUACCUGGUGCAGGAGGUCUCCCUGGGACGCACGGUGCACGUGCCCAACCUGGGGCUCUUCUUCCAUGCUGGGCCUGGCACUGGGGAGAUGCGAUUUAAGGUCCUGGAGAAGAUGCUGCCGCCGGAGCACUCCUGGGAGGGCCCCAGCCCAGGCAUCGGGCCCAUCUCCAAGGCGCGUGCGGAGAGGAUCGCCAGCAGUGCGGGCGUGCACAAAGACCUGGCCGAGGAGAUGAUGCAGACGGUGGUGAAGGAGUUCUGGGGCGCCGUGAAGGACUCCCCGGAGGUGGAGCUGGACCUGCCGGGCAUCGGCAAGAUCAAGGUGCGGAACAAGACCGUGAGCUUCGAGCCCUUCGCAGAUGCCCGGCUCUCCCGGAGCAUGUCCCCCGUCACGGCGGAGCAUGCGGUUUUCAGCAAGACCGCCUCGCAGCUGAUGGAGCGCAUGUCGCAGAGCAGGUCUCAGUGGAGGCCCAAGAAUCCGACGCUGGAGCCCUUGCUGCGGAAGACCAGCAGCACCCCGGCGCUCCCGACGCCGGGUGCGCCGGGGCCCUCCCCACAAGCGCGGCCCUCCCCGCCGGAGAGGACGGCGAACGUGCCCUUCCCCAAGCAAGCCGCGCCCCGGCGAGAGGCCCGGCUGGCGAGUUUGAAGGCAGACGCCGAGACCUUGGCCCAGCGCUUCACCCGGCAGCUGCCGGCCUCCGAGCAGCUUUUCCCGCCGCUCCUGGACCGGUGCAGCCGCACGCGGAGUGCACUCUUUAGGGAGGUGGUGCAGAGAGACAACAUCAGCAACGUCAUCGCUUCAAACUACUCGGCGCAGAGUCAGACCAUGACGAUCGACCAUGAGGCGAAGGCGAGCAUCUCCGGCACGCUGAUCAGGAGGAGGGGCCCCCCGCCGAAGCAGGCGCCGGGGGCGCCAGACCAGCGGAACAUGGACUGGACGGCCGAGUGGCCCAAGAUCUUGGAGGACUCACCCGUCAAAGCAGAGAUUCAGUCUGUGAACAUGGGCAAGAACGAGUUUUGCCGCAUCCUCAGCAGAUAUAGGCACUACACGGAGGGCGGUGUGCCCUCGGAGGUGCUGGCGCCGUACCACCGGCAGUGGCUGGACCACGCGGUGCUGCUGCUGGAGCUCCGGGGGGCGCGGUGGCCGGACCUCAACGAGGAGGCCCAGGGCGCCGCCAUCGAGGAGCUGAGGCACGAGAUCCUCAAGGGCUACAUCCGGGCGGCGAAGACGGCGGUGGUGAACUAUGCCCUGCUGGACGAGAGGUGCCGGGAGCGCCUGGACGUCCCCUUCAUCCCGAGCCCGCCGCCCACCUGGGGCGUGCUUACUUUUGCGGUGCCGGACAUCGGCACGCCCGGAGGACCCCCGCAGCACUGGCGCGCGGGGCUGCAGGCCGCCAGGACCAGCCUGGCCCUGCGGCAUGUGCAGAAUUCCGCGACGGCUCUGCGGCUCGUGGACUUUUGGCUGGGGCAAUGCGAGGACGUGCGGCUGAUGAAUUACCCCUCGCUGCUUGCAGAGUCCUGUGACAUCAACACCUUCUUUGCGGCCCAGAGCUCCAUGCGAGAAACGGGGCUGCAGCAGAUGUCCAGCUAUUGGCAGCAGGUCAUCCAGAUUGUCUCGGAGGAGCCGCAAUACAUCCAGAAGGAGCAGGAGGUGUCAUCACCCAGCUCCGUCACCUCAAGGGCAUCGGUUGGGAAGCCGGAGAAGAUGGAAGGCCACUUCUUCGACUCCAUCGCCGCACUGCUCUCCCUGCUGGCGCGGCAGGUGGUACAGCAGAGCCUGGAGGAGUAUGUCGCCCUCUUCCGGCGCUUCGAGGACGAACCCUUCCACUACUCGCAGGUCAAGGCUCUUAGCAGCCAGGACAAGUGGCAGGAUACCAUGCUGGUGAACAAGCUGGUGGUGGGCCAAGGGGCAGACGUCAGGUUCCGCCACGACGUGGACUUCGUGAAAGCGAGGCUGCUGCAGCCGUACCGGGACUGCACCACCAGCUUGCGGGAGCUGCCGCGGCCGGAUGCCAAGCUCAAAGAGACGGUGAGCCGCACGCUGCUGUGGCAGGUCAAGGAGGAGGAGAUGCACAUCAAGGAGGGCUUUGGGGCAGUCGAGCAGAUCGUCAACAGUAACCUCACCAACAUGGAGAAGGUGCUCGAACUCUACGAGCCCUUCAAGUUCCUGCUGGUGGAGGAGGAGCACAUGACCAGCUUCUUCGAGGACCCCUCCAACACGCGGGAGAAGUUCGCGGAGUACCUGGAGCUGCUGCGGAGCACGGUGCAGCAGAUGCGGAGCAGCUGCCCCAACCGCCUGGAGAUGCAGCUCAUGCGAGUGGACGCCUCUGAGGUGAACCAGCGGCUGGAGCAGUGUGCGGAAGAGUGCAUCGCCAAGAUUUUGCGCUCCCUCGCGGUGAGGAACCAAGAUCGCUCCGCGCGCUUGGUGAAACAGUUUGAGCACCUGAACCAGCGGAUCAUGCGGCAGCCGGAGAACGAGGAGCAGCUGGUGGAGCUGGAGAAUGCCGUGGAGGAAGCGAAGGCCAAGAUCCUCCCCAGCCUCCUGGAGGAGUAUGAGGAUAUCAAGGCCUGGCUCUUCCUGACCUGGGACCAGGAGUACUUGCUGACAGAGGAGGACUACAAUGCCAUUUGGGCCGCUUCCGAGUGGAAGGCCUAUGGCGAAAAUAUCGCGGAGCGGGAGCGCGACCUCGAGAUGGACCGUAUGACCAUCGAAGGCAAGCUCACAGUCAGAAGGAGUGAUCUGCAGGAGGAGCUUAACAACAUCCUCACAAGUGUGCAGAAGUUCAAGGACAAGGGCCAGGUGCGCUACCUGGACGAAUACCUGGACGACCUGUCCAGCAUCAAGAAGAAUUUGGCCUCCCUGCAGGCGCGGUGCGAGAAGAUCAACUACGAGGAGAGUUUGGUGGGCUGGGAGGCCGGCGAGUUCGAGGUCUUCGAUCAGGCCCACGCGGCCCUGGAGCCCUACGACAAGCUCUGGAACCUCGUCUUCGACCAUCAGAAGGCGAAUCAGAAGUGGACCAGGAGCCCCCUCUUCAACGGGGACAUCAACCCCGAGGCCAUUGAGGCGGAGGUGAUGAGCAUGUGGCGCCUGGCCUUCAAGCUGAAGGCUACCUUCGAGCAGGACGGCCAGACCAAGCCCUCCAAGGUGGCCGAGAAGGUGAAGAACGAGCUGGACGCCUUCAAGGAGAAUGUGCCGCUUCUGCACGCGCUCUGCAACCCGGGCUUGCGGGAAAGGCACUGGUCGGAGAUCUCCAACAUCAUCGGCUUUGAGAUGGGCCCCGACCCCUCCCUCACGCUGAACAAGGCGCUGGAUAGAGACAUCGGCGCUUACACCGCAAAGAUCUCGGAGAUCUCGGAGAGCGCUGCCAAAGAGUACCAGAUCGAAAGCGGCUUAGAAGCCAUGAUCAAAGAGUGGGAGCCGGUGGUCAUGGAGUUCAAACCUUGGGGCAGCACCGGCACCUACAUCGUGGCCGGGGGCUCCAUCGACGAGGUGCAGACCCUGCUGGACGAUCACGUGAUUAAGACCCAGACCAUGAAGGGCUCUCCCUUCGCCGUGGAGUUUCGAGAUCGCCUGGAGGACUGGGAGAAGUACCUGACCGGAGUCCAGGACAUCGUGGACGUGUGGCUCAAGGUUCAAGGCGUGUGGCUCUACCUGGAGCCCAUCUUCUCCUCGGAGGACAUCAUGCAGCAGAUGCCCACCGAGGGCCGUCUCUUCCGCGAGGUGGAUGGCACCUGGCGGACCAUCAUGAGCGGCUGCGUCAACGGGCCGGAGGCCCUCAAGGUUUUUAAGCAGGAUAGUUUCCUUGAGAAGCUCACCUCUGCCAAUGACAAGCUGGAGACGGUGCAGAAGGGGCUGAAUGACUACUUGGAGACCAAGCGACUCUUCUUCCCCCGUUUCUUCUUCCUUUCCAACGACAACCUGUUAGAAAUCCUCAGCGAGACCAAAGACCCGAAGCGCGUGAACGCGCACGUGAAGAAGUGCUUCGAGGGCAUCCAGAGCCUUCAGUUUGAGGAGGACAUGACGAUUUCCGGUAUGAUCUCGCCAGAGAAGGAGCCCGUGCCGUUGACCACUCGCGUGGACCCGGUGGCUGCCAAUGGGGCGGUAGAGAAGUGGCUGGUACAGGUGGAGGACGCGAUGUUGGAGUCCAUCCGGGACCAAAGCUUCCAGUCCCGGGACGACUACGUGAACAGCGGCUUCGUGGACUGGGUGCAGAAGUGGCCGGGCCAGGUGGUGAUCGGCAUCUUUAACCUCUUCUGGACGUCGGAGGUGAAUGAGGCCUUGUCUGAGCGGGGCAACGCGGGGCUGGUGGACUACGCCCAGAAGUUGGAUGACACUUUGACGGACAUCGUGGGCUUGGUGAGGCGGGAGAUCCCCAAGCUGGUGCGCUGCACCCUAGAGGCGCUGAUCGUCAUCUUCGUGCACAACAAGGACACCAUCGUGGAUCUCAGGGACCGGGGGACGUAUCUCGUGUCGGACUUCGACUGGCUGGUGCAGCUCCGAUACUUCAUCGAGGAGAACCCGGAGAAGCCAGGCGUGGAGGACAUCUUCGUCCGCAUCACCAACAGCCACCUGGGCUAUGCUUACGAAUACUUGGGCAACUGCGGGCGCCUGGUCGUCACGCCCCUGACGGACCGCUGCUACCGCACCUGCUGCGGGGCGCUGCACCUCCUGUACGGCGCGGCCCCGGAGGGGCCUGCAGGCACGGGCAAGACGGAGACGGUCAAGGAUCUGGCCAAGGCCCUGGCGCGCUUCUGCGUGGUCUUCAACUGCAGCGACGAGCUGGAUGUGAACGCCAUGGCCAAGUUCUUCAAGGGUUUGGCCUCCUCCGGGGGCUGGGCCUGCUUCGACGAGUUCAACCGCAUCGACGCGGAGGUGCUCAGCGUCAUCGCCCAGCAGAUCUUGCAGAUCCAGAACGCCAUCAAGGCGAGGCUCACGAACUUUGAGUUUGAGGGCACCGCCAACCUGCCGCUGAAGUGGACUUGCAACUGCUUCAUCACGAUGAACCCGGGCUAUGCUGGCCGUGCCGAGCUGCCUGACAACCUGAAGGCGCUGUUCCGGACCGUGGCCAUGAUGGUGCCGGACUACGCGAUGAUCGCGGAGAUCAAGCUCUACUCCUACGGCUAUGCGGAUGCAAGGUCUUUGGCCCAGAAGAUUGUGACCACCUACAAGCUCUGCAGCGAACAGCUCAGCUCUCAGAAGCACUACGACUACGGCAUGCGAGCCGUGUUCUCUGUGUUGGUGGCAGCAGGCAACCUGAAGCGCAAGUACCCCUCAGAGAAGGAGGAGAUCCUGAUGCUUCGCUCCAUCUGCGACGUGAACUUGGCCAAGUUCCUGGCCUUCGACGUGCCGCUGUUCAAAGGCAUCACCUCGGACCUCUUCCCUGGCGUGGUGUUGCCGGAGCCGGACUUCGGGGCCUUGACGGAGAAGCUGGAGUUCCACCUCAGGAGCGAGCACUGCCAGCCCCACCCCUACUUCAUCGAGAAGAUCAUCCAGUUCUAUGAGUGCCACGUGGUGCGGCACAGCGUGAUGCUGGUGGGCGCGCCUUUCAGUGGCAAGACCACGGCCCUGGGCUGCCUGCAGAAGACCCUGACCGACCUGGCCAAUGAGGGGGUCAUGCACGCCGGCUGCAUCGUGCACCAGGCGCGGCUGAACCCGAAGAGCAUCCCGGCGCCCUGCCUGUAUGGCACCUUUGACGAGGUGUCCAAGGAGUGGGCGGACGGCAUCGUGGCGGUGCUCUUCCGCGAGUUUGGACGCAACCAGACGGAGGAGCGCAAGUGGCUGGUCUUUGAUGGGCCCAUUGACGCUGUGUGGAUCGAGAACAUGAACACCGUCAUGGACGAGAACAAGAAGCUUUGCCUCAACAGCGGCGAGAUCAUUGCAAUGUCCCCGAACAUGCGGACGAUCAUGGAGCCAAUGGACGUGAAUGAGGCGUCGCCGGCCACCAUCUCGCGGAACGGCAUGGUCUUCUUCGAGCCCCACUUGAUGGGCGUUGACCCGCUGCUGGAGAAGAACUUCCUCGGCAGCAUGCCCGAGACCUUGGAUGAGGAAGAGGUGAACGAGGUGAGAGCCAUGACCGGCUGGCUCUUGAAGCCCUGCCUCAAGUUCCUGCGGGAGGAGUGCCACGAGGUGUCGCCCACCCAGGAUCAGAACCUGGUGCAGAGCUUCAUGCAGUUGCUCAUGUCGCACAUGAAGGACUUCCUGUCCCUGGACGUGUACAAGAAGGUGGAGGGCAGCGAGGCCAGCGCCAAGAAGAACAUCGUGAGCAUGAUCGAUGCGGUGGUGGUGCUGAGCGUCAUUUGGUCCGUGGGCUCGGUGCUGCAGACCAACAGCCGGCCCGAGUUCGGAGGCUUCUUGCGGUCCCUGCUGCAGGGCAAGGCGGAAGGGGUGUCGCAGUACAAGAAGCUCAGCCCGGAGUUCCCCGAGCGUGGCUCCAUCUUCGACUGGGUCUUCAUGGCGGAGGAGGUGAAGUGGAUUGGCUGGAUGGACACCGUCGAUCCACAGGUCAUCAAGCCAGGCUCCGCGGUGGAGUCCAUCAUUGUGCAGACCUUGGACUCGGUGCGCUAUGGCUACGUGCUGCAGCACUGCAUCAAGCACCGCGUGAAGCUGCUCUUUUGCGGGCCCACAGGCACAGGCAAGACGGCCUACAUGCAGCAGAACUUGAUGAGCCUGCCCAAGGAGACCUUCACGCAGAUCAUGAUGGGCUUCUCAGCGCAGACAAAGUGCGCGCAGACCCAGGACCUCAUCGACGCCAAGUUGGACCGGCGCCGGAAGGGCGUCUACGGCCCGCCCUUCGGCAAGCUCUGCUUGCUCAUGGUGGACGACCUGAAUAUGCCGAACAAGGAGACCUACGGCGCGCAGCCCCCCAUCGAGAUCUUGCGGCAGAUGAUCGACGCCAAGGCUUACCCAGAGACGGGCGGCUGGUUCGAGCGCAAGGACGUGACGCACCCCUUCCGCAGCAUCAUCGACGUGCUGCUCUUCGCAGCGAUGGGUCCCCCCGGGGGCGGCCGGACCUUCAUCACCGGCAGGAUGCUGGGGCACAUGUACCUUGUGGGCUUCCCACUGCUGGAUGACGACAACAUGAAGAUGAUCUUCUCCACGAUUCUGGACUGGAAGAUGCAGGCGGAUGGUUACCCCGGGGAGGUGACCGCGCUGUCCAAGAAGAUCGUCUCAGGCACCUUGGAGAUCUACAAGGCGGCGGUCGCCUCCUUGCUGCCCACUCCACUGAAGGUGCACUACACCUUCAACCUCCGAGACUUUGCGAAGAUCAUCUUUGGCGUCCUGCUCCUCAAGAAGGGCGAGUGCGACGGGGUGGCCCGGCACGUGCGGCUCUGGGUCCACGAGAUUUGGCGCGUCAUCGGGGACCGCUUGGUGCUCAAUGAGGAUCGCCUUUGGAUGCUGGACCAGGUGAGGACGGCGACCAAGAACGUCUUCGGCCUUGGAUUCGACGAGGUCUUCAAGCACUUGGACAACAACGGCGACGGCAAGGUCACCACGCUGGACGAGGUACGCACGCUGGUCUUUGGAGACAUGAUGUCGCAGCCUGCAGCGCCGAACCGACCCUACACGGAGUGCCCGGACAUCCCUGAGCUGCAGCGCCAGGUGGAGUCACACCUGGAGCAGUACAAUUUGAUGUCCACCAAGAAGAUGGACUUGGUGUGCUUCCUGUACAUGCUGGAGCACCUGUCCCGGGUGGCCCGGGUGGUGAAGACCCCGGGGGGCAACGCGCUGCUGGUGGGCGUGGGGGGCUCGGGGCGCCAGAGCUGCUCCCGCCUCGCCUGCUUCCUGGCGGACUUCGACGUCUUUCAGAUCGAGAUCGCGCGGGGCUACGACCAGCUGGCCUUCCGUGAGGAUUUGAAGAAGCUGCUGACGGCGGCGGGGGGCAAAGGGGAGAAGACGGUCUUCCUCUUCUCUGACUCCCAGAUCAAGAGCGAGGGCUUUGUGGAGGACCUGAACAAUCUGCUGAACACCGGGGAGGUGCCUAACCUCUUCGCCCCGGACGAGCGGGUCCAGGUCUGCGAGAUGGUGCGCGCGGCCGCGCGCCAGGAGGGCAAGGCCCCGGAGGGCACGCCCAACCAGCUCUACGGCUACUUCGUGGAGAGGUGCAGCAAGAUGCUGGCCAUUGUGCUCUGCUUCUCCCCCAUCGGCGAUGCCUGGCGUGCCCGGAUCCGGCAGUUCCCCUCCCUGGUGAACUGCUGCACCAUCGACUGGUACACCGAGUGGCCCUCGGACGCGCUGGUAGCGGUGGCGGAGCGCUUUUUGGGCCAGGUGGAGAUGGAGGAGCAGGUCCGCAAGAGUUGUGUGGAGAUGUGCUCCAUUUUCCACUCUCAGACCACGGAGCUCGCGGUGGAGUUCAAGAACAGCCUGAAGCGCAUCUACUACGCCACGCCCACCUCCUUCCUGGAGCUGAUCAAUACCUUCAAGACCUUGCUGGCGGCCAGACGGAAGCAGGUCACCGACCUUAAGGACAAGUAUGAGAAAGGCCUGGACAAGAUCCUCACCACCGAGCAGUCGGUGGAGGGCAUGAAGGUGGAGCUGAUCAACCUCCAGCCCAAGCUGAUUGCUAAGAACGAGGAGGUGGAGAAGAUGAUGGUGGUGGUCGGCGAGGAGUCCGAGAAGACCGCCAAGGUGAAGGAGUCGGUGGCGGCGGACGAGGCGGUGGCCUCCGAGGCGGCGGCCAAGUCGGAGGCGCAGAAGGCGGAGGUGGAGGCUGACCUGGAGGAGGCCAUGCCGGCGCUGAUGGAGGCCUUGGGAGCGCUGGACACGCUCUCGGCCAAGGACAUCGGGGAGAUCAAGGCCAUGAAGAACCCCCCGGGCCCCGUGAAGCUGGUCUUGCAGGCGGUGUGCAUCAUGAAGAGCCUGAAGCCCAACCGCGUCAAGGACGAGUCCGGGAAGAUGGUGGAGGACUACUGGGGCCCUUCCGUGAAGAUGGUGGGCGAAUCGGACUUCCUGAGGUCUCUUCAGAGCUUUGACAAAGACAACAUCCCGCCAGCUACCAUCAAGAAGAUUGCCACCUUCAUACCGAUGGAUGACUUCCAGCCGGCUCGGGUGAAGACAUGCAGUACAGCAGCCUGGGGCAUUUGCAUGUGGGUCAGGGCCAUGGAGACCUACGACCGCGUGGCCAAGGUGGUGGGACCCAAGAAGGAAGCGCUGGCAGUGGCAGAGGCGGAGUACGCCCAGGUCAUGGAGAAGCUGAACCAGAAGCGCGCGGAGCUGCAGAAGGUGCUGGACCAGCUGGCGGAGCUGGAGGGCCAGCUGAACGGUUUGAAGGCGGAGAAGGACGACCUGGCCUACCAGGUGGACCUCUGCAAGAAGAAGCUGGACCGCGCGGAGACGCUGAUCGAGUCCCUUGGGGGCGAAAAGGUGCGCUGGACGCAGAACGCCAAGGACUUGGCGGUGGACUACGUGAACCUGACUGGUGACGUCAUCGUCUGCAGUGGGCUCAUUGCGUACCUUGGCGCCUUUACGCCAGACUACCGCGAAAAGACGGUGAAGGCCUGGACGGACUUCUCUCUGGAGAAGAGCAUCCCGGGCAAGGAGAAGGUCAGCUUGCAGGACUGCCUGGGUGAGCCGGUGAAGAUCCGGAGCUGGACCAUCUGCGGCUUGCCCAACGACGCCUUCUCCAUCGAGAACGGGAUCAUCAUCGACAAGAGCCGGCGCUGGCCCCUGUGCAUCGAUCCCCAGGGCCAGGCCAACAAGUGGAUCAAGAAGAUGGAGGAGCCCAACAAGUUGGCGGUGAAGAAGUUCACGGACAGCGACUACAUCCGGCGCUUGGAGGGCUGCAUCACCUACGGCAACCCCAUGCUCAUCGAGAACAUCCUGGAGGAGACCGACCCGGCCAUCGAGCCGGUACUUCUCAAGCAGACCUACCGCCAAGGGAACCGCAUGAUGCUCAAGCUGGGGGAGUCUGUGCUGGAGUACAACAAGGACUUCAAGCUCUAUCUCACAACGAAGCUGCGGAACCCGCACUACCUGCCAGAGAUCGCCGUGAAGGUCACCCUGCUGAACUUCAUGAUCACCGUGGUGGGUCUGCAGGACCAGCUGCUGAACAUCGUGGUGCAGGCGGAGCGCCCGGAGCUCGCGGAGGACAAGGCGCGGCUGGUGGUGGAAGGGGCGGAGAACAAGGCCCAGCUGGAAGAGACCGAGCCACUCGGAGUGGUGGAUUGGGCAGGUGUGGUGUAA